UUUGGCAUUUCCAGAUCGUUUUCAUUUGUUGCUACCGCUGCCGGCUACUGUUCUGUUUUUGAAAAAUUAUAAUUUUAGUAAUUUCGUGACGAAAAGCAAAGCAUAGCUCUCAACAUGAUGAAGGACUCGGAUUUUGUGGACCCCAAAAAUGUUGUCAAAUGUCGGGAGCUUCUGUAUCGUUUGAUGAUAAGCCAAUUGUUUUACGAUGGCCAUCACCAGCUGGCCGUGGAAUUAACCGGACUGGUACGUGCUGACCCGCCCUGUCCACCGUCCGAUCGACUGCUCAACAUUUUCCGGCAGGCAAGUCAGAUCGACUCGAACAAGCAACCGAACGUUUUCGAUGAGGUAUCAUCCGGGUUGGAUCUUGAAUUUGAGAUUGAAAGUAGUGCCAUGGCACCGGAACCAGCUUCGUACGAAACUGCUUACGUUACCUCCCACAAGGCUGCUUGCCGGGCCGGUUGCUUCAGUUAUGAUGGACAGUUGGUGGCUACUGGUAGUGUUGAUGCCAGUAUUAAAAUUUUGGACGUGGACAGAAUGUUAGCCAAAUCGGCUCCGGACGAGCAGGAACCGGGUCGCGAACAGCAGGGUCAUCCGGUUAUCAGGACACUGUACGAUCAUACGGAUGAGGUUUCGUAUCUGGAGUUUCACCCGAAAGAUCAGAUUCUAGCUUCGGCUGCUCGAGACCACACGGUAAAGCUGUUUGAUAUUUCAAAAGCUUCCGUCAAGAAGGCACACCGAGUUCUGAGUGAUUGUGCUCCAGUUUGUUGUCUUGCGUUUCACCCGACUGGUGACUACAUGGCCGUUGGAACCGAUCAUCACGUUCUCAGAGUUUACGACGUACAAACUGGGCAGUGCUUUGUCAGUGCUAUCCCAUCUCAACAGCACACUGAUUCUAUUUCCUGCGUUAGAUAUUCGGUGAAUGCCAAAGUUUACGCUACGGGAAGUAUGGAUGGCUCCAUUAAACUUUGGGAUGGAGUUAGCGGUCGCUGUAUCAACACUUUCGCUCAAGCUCACGAUGGAUCGGAGAUCUGUUCAGUUGUAUUCACACGCAAUGGGAAAUACCUGCUUUCAUCGGGUCAGGAUUCUUUGGUUAAACUGUGGGAACUGAGCACUAGUCGCUGUUUGAUUGCAUACACCGGUGCUGGCACGACUGGCAAACAAGAGCAUCAAACGCAAGCCGUAUUCAAUCACACUGAAGAUUACGUUCUCUUCCCAGAUGAAGUGACCACAUCCUUGUGCUCCUGGAAUUCACGCAACGCUUCCCGUUGCCAUCUGAUGUCGCUUGGACACAACGGAGCAGUGCGUUUCAUUGUGCACUCGCCGAACCAUCCGGCGUUCCUGACCUGUUCGGAUGACUACCGAGCGAGAUUCUGGGUGAGACGGUCCAAUUCGCACUAAAGACAAUUAUGAGACUAGUUGCAUGCCCAAUCCAAUUUUAUACAUCUCUAGUAUUAACUGGUAUCGCAUUUCACUCUUUUAUAUUAGGUCCAUCAUGAAGCAUACUGAAUAAAGACACUGAAUAAUAUGGUAACCUAA